AUGCCCUUGUUUGAUGAUUUUCACCUUAAGAAAAAGAUAACUAGAGCUUCAUAUUUUCCUUUGAAACAGGUUUUAUCUGAUGUGGACAGUGGGCAGAAAUUCAUUUUGUGCGAAUACAACAGAGAUGCUGAUUCUUACAGAUCACCUUGGUCAAACAAAUACCAUCCACCAUUGGAAGAUGCGCCUUAUCCAUCUUCAAAGUUGAGGCAAUUGGAAAUUGAAGCUAACGAAAUCUUUACAGUCUAUUGUGACCAGUAUUAUGAAGGUGGCGUCUCAUCUGUCUAUAUGUGGGAAGAUGACAACGAAGGUUUUGUAGCCUGCUUUUUGAAAGAUGGCUCAAAGACUGGGCAAGGGCGAAGAGGUUAUUUAGAGGAGGGAACUUGGGAUGCUAUUCACGUUAUAGAGGUUGGACCAGAAGAAGAAUUUACCCGAUAUUGCUUGACUAGUACAGUCAUGCUGUCUUUGACUACAGAUGAUGUGUCAUCGGGCACUUUCAGCUUGUCUGGAUAUAUCAGACGACAGAUGAAUAUGAACCUCCCAGUAGCCGACGGUCAUCUUUCUAACACGGGAAAGAUGAUAGAAGAAAUGGAGGGUCUACUUUGGAAAGACGACAGAGAUGGUUUGCAAUUUACGGUCUUCUAAUGAUGUGGUGCAGAUGAGAUUGCCUACCAGUU